CGUGUUCAUAAUACCAACAAUUCAACAAUAAUACUUAGUGUGAAUAAGAAAUUUCGGGCAAAUGAGAAGAACCAUUGUAUCGAAGGCCUCGUUAAGAUCCGUGAUAACCCCUGAGAAAAAAAGGUUAAUAGAGAUAAUACAAAACUUGUCAUUGUUGUAGUAAACAAAUGAUUAAAAGUAGGCCCGAGAGUCGAGCCCUGCGGCGCGCCGGACAAAAUGAAGAGUUUGGAAAAAGUUCGGAGUAAAAAAUAAGGCCUUUGUUGAUAAUAACUUAAGUAACGAAAAGAAAAUACUUGGGAGAAAAUACAACCUGAAGAUUUUCAAAUUCCGAUUGAAUAUAUUGUUCGAAAAUUUAUGAAAGAGAAAGAGAUAAUUAUUUUAAUUUUUGAGUGAACUAAACAUUUGAGGAUGACAACCUGUCAAGACGGUUUAAUAGAAUAAUACGGAAGAAGACGUAAUGCGGAGCAGGAAAGAGAAGAAAACUGACGUGGCGACUGGCUGAAGAAGAGAAGAAAAGGACUUGAAGAUGGAAGACCAGACUGUAAAGUGAAGACUGAGGUAAAGUUCGUGAUUUCGACAAUGGCGCGAAGAAAAAGUGUGUGCGUUAAGUGGACUGUAGCAUUAGUUUUAGUUUUAUUUAGUUCUUUUGUGUUCUCUCGACCUCAAGAGCUUCACACAACUUCCGAACUCGAGGAAACAACUGAAAACACAAUAAGGCAUAAAACCAGCAAUGAUGCAGCACCAAAGACGGCGACAGAACCUGACUCAGUACCAUCUACCUCUGAUACAUCAAGAAAUGUCAAGAGCAAGACCCCAGUCAUUGGUGAAUCAAUCAAGAUGGUUGCUAACCAGCUCUUAGACAAGCCACAAAACAAAACCUCGGACACACCCGUAGUUCCCGAUACCAGAAUUCCACCAAAACUAAAAACACAAAUUGCACAAAAGCUUAAAGUGAAAACAAGACAUGAUGAUGGCAUUGAUGGGGAAGAAAAUUCACAUGCUGGUAUCGCGGUACCCGUGAGCGUUGAAGAAUUAGAAUCUGAAAACAUGGAAGCGGCCAGUGAAUCAUCAACAACUCAUGAGGGUAUAUCGACUUGGAUUUUAGUAAGUAACCCAGCAAAUAAGGAGAGCACUAGCGGAGCAACAGAACCGACCAAAAUUGACGAAAAGAAACAGAAACCUAAUGCCUCUAAAAAUAAAAAUAAAAGGCCGCAAAAUAACAAAGUCUCUGCUAAAAGACCCAUUAUUGGAAGCACUAACAAAUCAGAUUUAGUUGCGGGUGGGUCAGCAAUUAAUGAAAAUGUGUAUAAUAAAUUGAAGGAUACUGUAUUAUCUAAUGUGCAGAAAAAUAAAAAUAAUGCUAAGACGACAACUGUGAGUACUACAACCGCGAUGACUUCAGAAUCCCCAACAACCACUGUGAAAAAGAUAAACAAGAAAAACAAAAAUAAACAAAAGCUUACUACAACUACUACUGAAGCUGCGAUUGCUAGUGAUUCAGCUAUUUUACCCAUGGAGGCUAAAGAACAAGAAAUUGAAUUGGAAAUAAGUACACCAGCAACAACCACUAAAAAACCAAAACGCUCUUCUACAAGAAAGAAGACUAAAACAAAGAAGCGUAAAACCGCUAAGCCAAAACAAGAGACAACUACUGCGGUUACUACCCAGGUUAAGACUGCAAACAAAACAAAGUCUACAAAAUUACAUAAAAAACCUAGUGCGACAGAUACAGGACCGAUCACAACUCAAAUCUAUAACUACCUUUCAAGAGAAGUCAUGCCUUCAGUUGGUGUCGGUGUUAUUGGGUUAGCGGGCUUGCUAGGAAUAGCUGGAUACUUCUUAUAUCCAUUUACUGGUACUCCCGUAAGACGUACAUUUGAGGUUGACAAGAAAGACGAUAUAUAUAAACACAAUGCUGAAGAGUAUGCAAAUGACGGAAACGGCCAACCCGAAGAGGAAAUGUUAGGAACCGUUUUGGCAGGUAUGCCAGCCACUACGAAGGAAAAGUACAACCCGUACUCGGCUCAGACGACCCAUGUCCAACCCAAUCGAUAUACGGCUAAAAAGGAACAGGAUAUACGAUACCGUCAUGUAACUAAUAGCUAUGGUACAACUAGCAAAUAUGGCCCGAAAUAUAAUGUUCACUACCAACAAAAAACUGGUUUAGCACAUGGUGCCGUUUAUCCUGAACCAAUAAAUUACCACUAUCAAUACGAAGGCAGACAUUCAUAUUCAACUGAAAAGCCUGUAAAUGCAGUUUCCUAUUCACCGUAUGCAGCAGUUGAACCUAUUUAUGCUGCGCCUCAAGUUGGAUCGUCGGCGUAUGGAAGUGACUCCUCCGGCUCUGUAGUAUACGGAGUAAAACCUGCAGAAGAUGCGGAUUUUAAGCCCGUAUAUCCCUAUGAUCCCCAGUAUCACAGCGAAACCACCACCAGCCCAGUAACGUAUUCACCAACUUCAAUGUAUUUAGGCUCCAAUAGCGAAAAUGCCCAUUCAGAAAACCAAAAGUAUGAUGAUCAAAACGAUAACGACGAAUCAGUAGACAAUAAGUUUGUAGUUGGUAGCGUACCAAAAGAAUUUUCAGAUUCAGCUACGCCCGCAGUUGUCCCUGAACAUGGACCAAGAAAUCUGAGGAAGCGCAGAAACAUACGUAAAAAGCGAGGUGUGGUAGGUUCCAUUGAAGAAUUGUUAAAGAAUGCGAAAGAAAAUAAAGAGAACGAAAUUUUUAUAAGCAACGAGAUAGACGAUACUCCUAACAAAGUAUUCUUAGCUUCUGAUGUUGAUGAUAAAUUCGUAAUCAGCCCGAACGAUAAAGACGUAUACACAGUUUAUGCUGCAUCAGCGGAACCUAAUGAUCCAUUGUCAGUGAUACCGAAUACAAACCAAAAUGAAGUCGUUGAAAGCGUAUCAACUCUACCACUACAAGAUAAAAUGGAAACUGAGGCACCAAAAGUAACGGAGGACACCACAAAAUCUUUUAAAGUUUACGAAGUAUUCAAUGCUGAAAGCACUCAGAAAAACAGCCCAAUCAUUGAAGGCGAAGUAGAAACAUCAACAGUCUUCAAAAGCAUGAAUACAGAGACAACAACGGAGCAGAAAUUUGAAACGACGUCAACAAACGUUCCACCAACAGUCCCGGAGACCACCAAGAAACCCAGACCUACAGACGGAGAUAUCAUUACAUACCCACCAUCCACAUCAUCUGGUGGAGGAUUCUUUGACUUCCUCAAGCGUCUUGUUGAAUUCAAGUACAGACUUGGUCUGAGCAUCCUUCAAACCACUUCAGAUAACUUGAACAGAUAUCUCCGCAGUUUUGAGAACGCGCAGAAAAAGUCCAAGUCUCAUUGACUAUAAAAGAUACUCAUAUACUAUUAAGGCAUAUUUUAAGAAUCACAAUUAGGGACAUAGACUCAAUAUAGACUGUACAUGACCACAAAGAGCAUGUGGAAAGCAAAAGAUAAAAGGUUAGAAAAAAAGAAAUUUUAGUCUUAUGCGUUUAAUUCUUUCAAUGUAUGGAAAAGGCAAUUAUUGUUUUCGAUUUUUAUGUAGGUAAUCA